ACCAAAAUGUCCGCGCCGCAUGAAAGAAUUUGCCAUUUCCUUGCUCGUUGAUAUGCGAGUGACCUGAGUCGCGUGAGACGCGAAGUCUGAGUAUCUCGUGGAUAAUUCUCAUCCUGAUUAAACGUCAAAUUAUUGUCUGAUUAGCUCUAGUGACUUGGGACUGCAUUUUUAUAAUUGCUAAGGGGAUUCAUUUCAUAAUUUCUAAGCGAAUAUUACUUCCUAGAGACCAGGUUGCUGAAAUUGUAGGAGAUGCCUUCUGGAACAGCACUUAUUUAUGAUGAAGAAAUGACUCGCUACAAACUUCUCUGGGUGGAUCCGAUGUGUGAGAUUGAGGUUCCCGAGCGAUUGGUGGUGAGCUACGCAGCACUGCAGAAAGCGGGUUUAACUCAGCGCUGCGUCCCGCUGCCCGUCCGCGAAGCCACGGAUGAAGAAAUCCUUCUGGCACACAGCACUGAAUACCUGGAGGCUGUGAAGAAGACCCCUUAUAUGACCUUGGAGGAGCUGAUGACUUUCACUAUGCAGUAUGGAGAUGUUUACUUCCAUCCAAACAUCUACCACUGUGCUAAGCUGGCUAUUGGUGCCACUCUAAAUCUGGUGGAUGCUGUAAUGACUGGGAAGGUGAGGAAUGGCAUAGCUUUAGUCAGACCUCCAGGGCAUCACAGUCAGCGCAGUGCUGCAAAUGGCUUCUGCAUAUUCAACAACGUGGCCAUCGGCACCCUCUACGCCAAGCAGAAAUACAACAUCCGCAGAGUGCUCAUAGUGGACUGGGAUAUACAUCACGGACAAGGUCUACAGUACAACUUUGAGGAAGACCCCGAUGUACUCUACUUCUCCUGGCACCGCUACGAGCAUCAGAGGUUCUGGCCGAACUUACGAGAGUCUGACUAUGACAGUGUGGGCAAGGGCAGAGGGGCCGGCUUCAACAUUAACCUGCCGUGGAAUAAGGUCGGAAUGGACAGCAAUGAUUACCUCUCUGUGUUCUUUCAUGUUCUUCUGCCUGUGGCCUAUGAGUUUAACCCAGAAUUGGUCAUGGUGUCUGCGGGGUUUGAUUCUGCCAUUGGGGACCCAGAGGGUCAAAUGUGUGCAACGCCUGAGAUCUUUGGACACCUGACUCACCUGCUGAUGUCUCUGGCCGGAGGACAGCUCUGUGCCGUCUUGGAGGGCGGCUACAACCUGACGUGUCUUCCGCAGUCAGUGUGUCAGACUGUACAAAGUCUACUGGGAGACCCUGCCUCUCGCAUUUCGGGGCUGAGCAGCCCCUGUAAGAGUGCUCUGGAAUCUAUUCAGUCUGUCCAAAGUGUACAUCAGCAGUACUGGGCCUGUUUCAAACAUGUGGCUGCUGAGAUAGGUUACGAGCCUAGCACCAAGCACUGUAAGCUAGAAGCUGGACAGGAUGGCCUGCAGCCCGGGGAGGAGGUCAAGGAGAUUUCAUGGCCAGAGCCUCUGCCCCGGCUUUCCCCCCCGACUCGGACUGCAGUUGCGCUACCUGCUGGGCUGGAAGACUCUGUUCCUGAGAGCUGCAUGCGUGUGACUGAGACCCUGCUGACACCCGAAGAGGCUGCAGAAAAACUCAGGAAUUCGGACAUCCAAGAGCUGAAGAACGAGAAUCUUCUACAGUCACUGGGAAACGUGCAGUUUCUUGUGGAUAAAAUUGAGAAAAAACAGGUGCGUAAUGGCCUGCUUUUGGUGCCAGACCUCCGCAAGACCCUGGCCUUUGCCGUCCAGCAUGCCCUCGUCUCUCUCACAGACAGAGUGCUGUUGGUUUUCCUGGGGAACGAGGCACCAGUGGAGGUCCAGGUGGAUGGUAAACUCAUGCUGGUACAGUUCUGCAGUACAGAGUCUCCCGAGCCCAAGUCCAAUCAUCAUAUUCCUGUGAUGAUGAAGGACUUCGGUGACGUUUCAGGAUUUCUUCAUGCAGUGCUGACCCUCCUGCUACCUCUGGCUUAUGAGUAUGACCCCGGUCUGAUACUGGUGGCCAUGGGCAAGGGCAGUGGAGUGGGGUUGGCGGCCUGGACCCAGCUGACCAGCCUGCUGCAGGGACUUGCUGAAGGACAAAUGCUGGUCCUCAUGCAGGGGGCCGAGGAGGAGACCAUAAGGGCUACAGCUGCCUCCUUGCUCGGGGAGCCGGCCCAGUCCCUGGGGACCUUGGGGGGCCCUCUCCCAGAAAGCCUGGAUGCAGUUGAGAAACUGAGACUGAAGCUGGAGACACAGUGGGGCCUGUUACAGACAAGAGGUCAAAACCUCCCGGGGGAACCUGAAUGCCUUGAACGGAAGGAGGAAGCAGGCUCCUGAAGAACUGAAAGCGGUCAUCUUCAGCUACAGUAUGGAGCACAGCCCUGUGUUCACCCAGGAAAAAGAGGAUGCAAGUCAAUGGAUGAUUAUUUACUGAGUAAAUCCCGAUCUUAAUGUCCCAUAAGCAGCUUACUAAAAUUUAUUGGGGUGUCCGAAGCAGACGUAGUGGACGUUAGCGGACAUAUUUUAUCACGUGUGCAGCAUGCAGCAAGAAUCAAAACAAACCAAUUGCGUUGGGACUUCACAGGGUUAAUUAUAAGUGUGUGAUAUUGUAUCUUAUGUUAUAUGGUGUCUUUGGCCUCCCCCAUAAUAAUAGGUGGACAUUGACUUAUGGGACAAAACCCGGACGCAAGGGUUUACAACUUUGGUCAGCUGGCUGAAGUGAGAUUUUCAAUUCAAGACAAGUCUGCACACAAAUAUUUACAUACUUUAUUCCUUUGUAAAUAGUCUACAGGGUUUGCAAACUGCCCCAAGGCUCUUGACGUAGCUAGUUUUAGUUCAGUUUAGUUAUGUCUAAGAGUUGGCAACCCUGUGAUGGCACCUUUACUAACUCUAACCAAAGGAAUAUGUACGUUAUUAAUGCCGAUUCAUGCUCACUGGUUGCUACGAUUCCUCUUAACUUUGUGCCGAAGGUUAUUUGAUAUUAAAAUCACUAUUGCUCUGUUUCUA